AUGGUAGGUAUAUAAAUAUACUUAAAUGUAGACUUAGAGAAUUAGAAGUUGGGUUUUUUUAAAUAAACGCCUACAAUGGUUUAUAACUUUCUUAUACUCAGUAACAUAUAUUGCAAGCAAGAAGUGUUUAAGAAUCCUAUGCAGGAGGAUGGGUUAAUUAAUUUUACUUAAGAAGAUAUUCAAUAUUUAUCGUUAGUUCACCUUUUUUAAAACAGUUUAUGCCUCUUUAUAUCUGCUUAAGACCCCUCCUAAUUUUCAGAAGAUAUAAAUUGGAAACUUUAGAACUGA